GUGCACAGCUGAAGACUGGAGAGAACCCCGUCUCAUCCGUCUGAGGUCUCAAAUUUGUGUUUUUGGUAUAGUCUGGAAACGUAUGGUACUUGAAACCCAGUCUGUGAGGGAAGUAAACCCAGUUUAGGUUUAGGCCUAGCUACUUAUGAAUAGUGGAUUGUUUACGUCCGAUAAGCGUGCACAGCUGAAGACAGGGGUGGAGAGAACUCCGUGAUCGAAUAGCUAGCGGAGACCAAAUACGGAGGAGUGAAUGAAGAGUCAACACGGAUUUCCUGUGGGACAAGCGUACAGGCCUCGCUGCUAAAACGAUGCCACAUUCAAGACGAUAUCCGUCCUCAGACCGGGGCAGCCGGAGCAGUUACCAGGACCGGUAUCGGGACCGUGAUCGAGACCGGGAGAGGGACCGCGGGCGAAAGCAAAGGCAUCGCCGCUCGCCAUCUUUCUCCACCAGCAGCGAAAGGGACAGGAGGGGCCGAGCUCAUCGACAGGAGGCAGGCUAUGCACGUUCCAGGAGCUAUGACAACCGCUCUGCAGAUCGGAGGCCGUACGAUCGGCGCUACUGUGAUGGUUACCGGCGGAUGGAACACAGUCGAGACCGGGACCGCGACCACGGCGGGGCUUCGGCAGCUGACAGCUACUACGCGCGAGACUUCUCCCCCAGCAGCUACGACUACCGACGGGAGCGUGACCGCAGCGAGCGUGACCAGUCCUAUCGCCGCAAGGGCAGCAGGCGUAAGCACAAACGAAGGCGACGUAGAACCAGGUCCUAUAGCCCAUCGUCCUCGCGGAGUGACAGCCGGACGCGGGCGGUGUGUGUGAGGGACGACGAGGAGGGUCACCUGAUCUGUCGGACUGGCGACGUCCUGCAAGAGAGAUAUGAGAUUGUCAGCACUUUGGGAGAGGGCACCUUUGGCAGGGUGAUGCGCUGUAUUGACCAUCGCAGAGGGGGCGCUCACGUGGCACUGAAGAUCAUCAAGAAUGUGGAGAAGUACAGGGAGGCGGCUCGUCUCGAGAUCAACGUCCUCGAGAAGAUAAACGAGAAAGAUCCCGAGAACAAAAACCUAUGUGUCCAGAUGUUCGACUGGUUCGACUAUCAUGGCCACAUGUGCAUCAGCUUUGAGCUGCUGGCCCUCAGCACCUUUGAUUUCUUGAAGGAGAAUAACUACCUGGCUUACUCAAUUAGUCAGGUGCGCCACAUGGCCUACCAGAUUUGCCUCUCUGUUAAAUUUCUCCAUGAGAACAAGCUUACCCACACAGACCUGAAGCCAGAGAACAUUUUGUUUGUCAACUCGGACUUCACCAUGACUUAUAAUGUAGAGAAGAAACGGGAGGAGAGGACGGUGAAGAGCACAGCGGUGAGGGUGGUGGACUUCGGCAGCGCCACCUUCGACCACGAGCACCACAGCACCAUAGUCUCCACAAGACACUACCGUGCCCCAGAGGUCAUACUGGAGUUGGGCUGGAGUCAACCUUGUGACGUCUGGAGCAUUGGCUGCAUUCUGUUUGAGUACUACCUGGGAUUCACCCUCUUUCAGACACAUGACAAUAGAGAACAUUUGGCUAUGAUGGAAAGAAUUCUGGGACCAGUGCCUUCCAGGAUGAUCCGCAAAACCAGGAAACAGAAGUACUUCUAUCAUGGCCGUCUUGACUGGGAUGAGAACUCUUCAGCUGGCAGAUAUGUUCGAGAGAACUGCAAACCUCUUCGGCGGUACCUGUUGUCGGAAGCUGAGGAGCAUCACCAUUUGUUUGACCUGAUGGAGGGCAUGCUGGAGUACGAACCCUCCAAGCGCCUGACGCUGGCCGCCGCUCUGCGACACCCAUUCUUUACCUCUGUUCCCGCCAGUGACCAAGCCACUUCCAAGAGCUGGGAGGGCAGCCGGGACAUCAGCCGGUGACGCCUGUCUCCCCCACCUCCGUCUCCGCCCCACCCACACACCAGCAUGCGUGCAGGAACUUAAGGUGGAUUUUUUGGUGAAUGUUUUUAAAGGUCAAACCGAAGAAGAUGUGAAGAUUUUGGGUGGGCUACCUUAAGUUUGAAUGCUCACAUGGAACUGUUGACUAUUGAGGGGGAGGUAGGGGUAGGGGAUUUAUGUUUCCUUUCCUUCCUGUCUGUUUCUUUUCUCCUUCUUUUUAUAAGCUGAACCCAUAAACUAUGACACUUAAAGGUUCAAAGAGAUUUGUGGCACUCGCUCAGCUCGAGGCCUUUUCUAGCCAUUUGCUUCCACACUAAGAGGAAUGUGUUGAAAACCAAAUGGCCUAAGCUGUGAUUUAGAGUAGAGCUUAAAUAUGGGAGUAGGUUUUCCUGAACUAGAUGAAGGAAACCUUGUCUGAAGUAGGCAGAGUGAGGCAGAGAAGUCCUAGAACCUUCCACCAUCCAAAAGCACUCAAAUCCAGACAGAGAAGUGAGUGGCACGUGGCUGUCGUCCCGCAUGCAGCCAGACUUUAGUGUUCCUGUCCCGAUUGGUGGAGAGCCAUUAAGGAGCAAGAUGCCCCCCUCCUUUACCUGUUCUUAGUUCUUCCAAAUAUCAGUCAAACAGAAAAGACUUAACUAAUCACUCCAACCUGUCCUAUUCAGACUAAUAACUACAACUAUGUCUGACCUUCCUUCCUAUUGUUUGGCUCUGUGUGUAUCUUUUGGAUGUUUGGAUGGGAAUAUUGACCCAAAUAGUUGCCUCCCUUCAUUGUCUGACACUGUGAGGGAUGCAGUACUUUGGCAGUGCCUAUGGCUGGAAAGUAACUGUUUAUUCAGAUGCAGAUGGUUGUUGCAAAGCUCACUGAAUAAGCAUGAUGUGAGUCAACACCAUCCCUGGCUCAAAUGGGCUUCACAAGCAUACUCUAGCAGGAUCUUGCAGGUGUGCAGUCAGAUGGUGUAACCUAAAUGUAAUAGGUCAUGGGUUUUCUAUAUGGCACACUGUCUCACGACUACACUCUUGAACAGUGGCACCACAAAUUGGCCUCAAGCCAGCUUGGCUGAUAACGCCAUGCUAGUAUGCGCACUCAACACACAUGAUAGCCUUUUGUAGCAGUAGCCCGGUGUGUGGGUGUGUCGUCCCAACAGCCCACACAGCACACAUUUACAGUAUUUAUUUUGGUCAAGCUGAACUGGAUGUUUUUUUUCCUGUUUUUUUUUUCUUUGUUUUUGUUUUUUGUAUGCAAAGAACUGUAUAAAAGUGUAUAUAAAAUGAAUAUGUACUUAUGUAUGGUUGUACGACGGUAGAAUAAAGAUGUCCCGCUGUAACCUGGGUGUAAUGAGAGCACAUUGACAGCACUCAUCUCAGGUUGCUGCAGGCAAAUGUUUCGUUUUUA